GCUUUCUUGUAGCUCCUAAAAUCUCCAGCUACCGUAGACUUGGGCUUUGAUGCCUACUCUGGAGGCAAAGAGCGGAGACUGGCCAUACAGAGGCACCAACGAUGAAAUGCCAUACUACGAGCUGAGCUUUUGUCAGUCGCGAGGAUUUACUCAACAACUUCAUAACAUGGGCCGAAACAGCAGCACAGCAGCAGGCAGAUGUCUAGCUGACUUCUUGGGCUUUCUAGGAGAGCGAAUAGUCCUUGAACUGAAUGCGUACCUUUUUUACUAUUGGCGUCAUGAGAUAACAAGACUUGCAAGCUUUGAGUUACUCAAAGAUCUCAAGCCAUAUCACAACUACAUAAACCAUAUUUCUCUCGAGUAUUGCGUCGGACUAGACCGUAUUGGAAAUUUGGUAAAGCUCUGCGAGUAUACUCAAUCUUCCCUCAAAAGUCUCAAGUCCAUCAUCUUCUGGUUUCAGAUAACCAAAAGGCAACUCAAUGCAGUUCUGCAAAGUCCAAACGAGCAAGAGUGGUUCCGAGCCUGCAAAUUAUUGGCAGUGGAGAAAAUUGAAGUCAAGCUCCGUAUUGUUGGCCGUGUACCUCGUCAUUGGACAGGCGAUCCUCGAGAGGACGGACUCCCUCCCUCCCAUAUUUUAGCUCGGUCUAACGUCUGGAAUCAAAGAUAUCCGCGAGAAGGUGGGUAUGAGGAUAAGGAGAUGGCGGCAAUGCUCAAGAAGAUAUUGACACCGGGAAGAGACUGGGGCCUGACUGACGAUCUUCAAGAGGAUUUUGGCAUGGGACGUCUCUUUGGUGAUGACGGCACCAGCAUGAAUGAGGCAUAGACAUAUAAGUAGCAGAUCAGUGGCUAAGGGGUUACUUUGGAUAUCGCGGAGAAGGUCUUAGGCUUUUAGCUUUUGAUUUUCGAUUUUUAAAGCAUCAAGACAGAGAAGCAAUG